AGUAUUUACCAUACCAUGCUCGAAGUAUCUGUCUACGUAUGAAAAUCGAAAAUCCCACUCUUUUUAGACACUGGGUGUUGGCAUGCAUACCGGUAUAAUUGAUAUUCAUCGAUAAUAUGAUACACCAGUAACACAUGAUACCAGUAACGCGAUGAUACACCAAUAAGACACCUCGCCACCUCGGUACGUCAAGCAACGAUGUAAUGGACUUUUACCUACUUUUACGCAUAAUCAACGUUCCCCGUUUUAUUUUGACUGCACCCUGUUAGAGGCCACUCGAGCACCUCGAAUGCACCUACACAGAGUGGAAAGAUUUGGCUCAAGAUGGUAACUUCAAGUUUUAAAAAAUGUUGGUGUAUUAGGUAUGUACCUAAUAAACCCAUUACCAUACAUCUUUUCCAAACAAGGCCAAUUGAAGCUAACCAUGCCGACUUCAAGGAAACGGAAUUCCAAAAAAUUAAAUUGGGAAGUGAACACAGAUCAAACAAACAUGCAAGAUAGACUAAAUAAAAACUUCCACCCUGUCCACAUGGCUUGCUUGUGAUAAAGUGCCUUGGAUGCCCAGGCCCCCGCUAGUACAUAUUCGGUGCUCAUCGAACGGCCUCAGAGACUUGUCAGGCCUUAAUUCGAUUUCCGCCCGUUUGGGUCUGACCUUGUGUGUGCGCUGAUGGCCGGUGACUCUGCAGUUUCAGCAUUCUGUUUAUUUGUGAAUGAAUGUGAUGAACGAUAGCGACUUAAAUUAAGAAGGCCAGUCAAACUGGGCAAGUAUUUCGUUAAUUGAUGGUCAUUCCUUGCAUUUUGUGACCCGCUGCGAUCGGCUGCGUGGAACUCGCGACUGCUAUGCGAGGGUGUCAGAGAGGACAGUAUUGUCAGUUGGGCAGCACGCCGGAUGGAGCUCAGACAACCACUCACGAUAGUUGGUGCUCUCUCGGAUGGCUCUGAGGGGUAGGACGUCAGUCCGACCGAGUCGACAGAGGUGGUCACACGCGACCCAGUCAGCACGUCUUCUCGGGAGGAUCCCUCCUUUUGGGAAGGCGACUGGAUCUCUGGUAGACUUUUUUCAAGUCGUGAAUCUUGACUGCUGGGUACGCAGUCAUGGUGGCCCCUGAGAGUGUGGACAAGAAGCCAGCGGAGACGACAGACGAUGGACCGACGUUUGACGACGUUCUGCGUCUGGCCGGGGGCAGCGGUCGCUGGCAGCUGAAGCACAUUGUCUGGCUCUCCAAGACUUGCAUCAAUCUCUCCUUCUUCUUGAUGGGUAUGAUUUUCCUGGGAGCCGAGCCGGAGCACCGGUGCGCGGACGGGUUCGCCGCCGACGUCGGGUUCGCCUCACUGCCUGCGGACGCGCCGCGCUGUCCGUCGGCCGGCGCCAACUGCUCCCGCUGGGUGUACGACACCUCUGACGUGGGGAACACGGUGGUGGCGCAGUGGCACCUGGUGUGCGGCCGGAAGCCGCUGCUGUCGCUGCUGCAGUCGGUGCCGAUGGCCGGCGGUCUGCUGGGCGCGCUCACCACCGGCAUGUUCGCCGACCGGUUCGGCCGGCGGCCGGUGACGCUGGCUGGCUCGACGUUGUACGCCGUGACGGCGCUGGCCAGCUGCGCCGUCCGCCAUUACCAGCUGCUGCUCGCCAUCCGCUUCGUGUCCGGCGUCGGGUGCGCCUUCUCGCUGUCACCGCUGGUGGUGCUGAUCCUAGAGAUUGUGACGCCCGAGUGGCGGCUGCUGAUCGGCCUGCUGAUCCAGGUACCGUUCGCCCUGGGCGUGAUGGCGCUGUCUGCGAUGGCCUACCUGCUACCCAACUGGUGGCACUUACAGCUGGCCAUGGCGAUACCGACGCUGCUCUACAUUAUCGACUUCUGGGUGAUGCCCGAGUCGCCUCGCUGGCUGGUGCGCACCGGCCGGCUACCGGCUGCGGCUGCCGUGCUGCGCCGGAUUGCGGCCACUAACGGCGCCGUUCUACCAGACGACGACGCGCUGUCCCAGAUGCUCCAGCGCGUGUACGAAGCCGAGAGGAGCCAGAAGGUCGCGGCGGGGGCCAACGGCUGUCUGUCGUUCCUCGGACAGCUGGUGCAGCUGCUGCGCACGCCCCAGAUGCGCCGCUACAUGCUGGUGACGUUCUUCUGCUGGCUGGCCGCCGGUCUGAGCUACUUCGGGAUCGCGUUCGACCUGGGACAGCUGUCGGCCAGCCGGUACGUGGCCAACUGUCUCUCGGGUCUAGUGGAGAUCCCGGCCUACAUCGUGCCCUGGAUGACGGCCACCCGUUGGGGCCGCCGGCCCACCGUCUGCGCUCUGUUCCUACUGGCGGCGGCCUCCAUCCUGCCAGUGGUGGCCGUCCGCGACUGGCGACUCAGUCUCACUCUGGGCCUGCUGGGCAAGUUCGCCGUGACCGGCGCGUUCGGUCUGCUGUACGUGUACACGCCCGAGUACGUUCCCACGCUGCUGCGCACCAUCGGCCUGGGUGCCGCCUCGGUCAGCGCCCGAGUCGGCUCCAUCGUGGCGCCCUUCAUCAUCGACCUGGCGCGCGAGGCGCAUCCGAGCGCGCCCACGGUGGUGUUCGGCGUGCUGGCGCUGCUGGCCGGCCUGGGCGCGCUGCUGCUGCCGGAGACAGCCGGCCGCCACCUGCCCGAGACGGUCGCAGAGCUCGAGAGCGGAGCCUGGCUGCGCCAGCCGCCCGACUGCCGCGAGACCAUCGCCGACCUGCUGCCGGGCGCGCGCCGCGACCAGCGCGCCGCCUAGAGCACCACAGCAGGGGGGCGGGUCCCGGACGGACAGCGAACCAACCGUCAACUAUGCAGACUGGAGUCUCGACUAUGCGUACUGAUGGGUGGGGAGUGCGGGAAUUGACCGCACUAGGAUCGAUGCUGAGAGGGGGAGAGGAUGUGGUAUAUGGUAGUAUGUUUUGCUUAUCAAUGUAAUAAUGACUUAGCCAUAUUCGCUAGUCAAUAAGCGAUUCGCCUCAACAAUUGAACGUGUGUGCUGUGCGUAUAUCGCUGCUCAGUGAUUGGUCCACACAUACAAAAUACAAAAACA